AUGUAUGUUUUUAAAAGAGAUGGCCGUCGUGAGCCGGUCAGAUUUGACAAGAUCACUGCUAGAAUUUCUCGUAUGUGUUACGGUUUAGAUGAAAAGAGAAUUGAUCCUGUCGCCGUUGCUCAGCGUGUGGUUACAGGUGUGUAUCCUGGUGUUACCACUAUUGAGUUGGACAACUUAACUGCUGAAACUGCGGCAUAUAUGACUACCAUUCAUCCAGAUUAUGCUACUUUGGCCGCCAGACUUGCCAUUUCUAAUUUGCACAAGCAGACUAAGAAGCCAUUCUCUGAUGUUAUUGAAGAUCUUUACAACUAUUAUAACCCAAAAACCCAGAAGAAAUCCCCUAUGAUCUCUGAAGAAGUUUACAAGAUUGUCAUGAAGCACAAGGAUGAGUUGAACUCGGCCAUUAACUAUGACCGUGAUUUCAGCUAUAAUUACUUUGGCUUUAAGACCCUAGAGCGUUCAUAUCUGUUGAGGAUAAAUGGUAAGGUUGCAGAGAGGCCUCAGCAUCUUCUUAUGAGAGUUGCCGUUGGAAUUCACGGUGAUGAUAUUCCUAAAGUUUUGGAGUCGUAUGAUUUGAUGUCGAAGAGAUACUUCACACACGCCUCUCCAACAUUGUUUAAUGCCGGUACUCCACGCCCACAGAUGUCGUCUUGCUUCUUAGUUGCAAUGAAGGAUGACUCUAUUGAAGGUAUCUACGACACUUUGAAACAGUGUGCCUUGAUUUCCAAGACGGCUGGUGGUAUUGGUCUACAUAUUCAUAACAUCCGUUCUACAGGUUCAUACAUUGCUGGUACCAACGGUACAUCCAAUGGUAUUAUUCCUAUGGUUCGUGUGUUCAACAGUACUGCUAGGUAUGUUGACCAAGGUGGUAACAAGAGACCAGGUGCCAUUGCUAUCUACUUAGAACCUUGGCAUGCAGAUAUCUUUGACUUCAUCGAUAUCAGGAAGAAUCACGGUAAGGAGGAGAUCCGUGCACGUGAUUUGUUCCCAGCUCUUUGGAUCCCUGAUCUAUUCAUGAAGCGUGUUGAACAAAAUGAUACAUGGACUUUGUUUUCUCCUUCUGAGGCCCCAGGUCUUUCAGAUGUUUACGGUGACGAGUUUGAAGAGUUGUACACUCGUUACGAGAAGGAGGGACGUGGAAGAAGAACCGUUAAGGCUCAGAAGUUGUGGUAUCAGAUUUUGGAGGCUCAGACAGAAACCGGUACGCCUUUCAUGAUUUACAAGGAUGCCUGCAACAGAAAGAGUAAUCAAAAGAACUUGGGAACCAUCAAAUCUUCGAAUUUGUGCUGUGAGGUUGUCGAAUACUCUUCUCCAGAUGAGGUUGGUGUGUGUAACUUAGCAAACAUUUGCUUACCUGCAUUUGUUGAGUCCGACAAGGAUCACUGCUGGUUCAACUUUGAGAAGUUGCACAAGAUCACCAAGGUUGUCACUCGUAACUUGAACCGUGUUAUCGACAGGAAUUACUACCCGGUUCCCGAGGCCCGCAACUCCAACAUGAGAAACAGACCUAUCGCUCUUGGUGUUCAAGGUCUUGCCGAUACGUUCUUCAUGCUCAGAUUGCCAUUUGAUUGCCCAGAAGCUCGUGAGCUUAACAUACAGAUAUUCGAGACCUUGUACCAUGGUGCUCUGGAAGAAUCAAAUCAGCUUUCUGUGGAAGAGGGUACGUAUGAGACCUAUGAAGGCUCUCCAGCUUCCAAGGGUAUUCUCCAGUACGAUAUGUGGAAUAAGAAGCCAACUGAUCUGUGGGAUUGGGAGGCUUUGAAGGCCAAGAUCGCUAAGGAUGGUCUUAGAAAUUCGCUUUUGGUCGCUCCUAUGCCAACUGCCUCUACCUCUCAGAUUAUGGGUUACAACGAGUGCUUCGAGCCAUUCACCUCUAACAUCUAUCAGAGAAGAGUUCUUGCUGGUGAGUUCCAGAUUGUCAAUCCUUACAUGCUAAGGGACCUUAUUGAUAUGGGAAUAUGGAACGAUGCAAUGAAGAAUUUCAUCAUUCAUGACAAUGGAUCCAUUCAGAACUUACCUAAUAUUCCAGACAACAUUAAGAAAUUGUACAGGACUGUUUGGGAACUUUCUCAGAAGUCUGUCAUCGACAUGGCCGCCGACAGAGGUGCCUACAUUUGCCAGUCUCAAUCCAUGAACAUCCACUUGCAAUCACCAACUAUGGGUAAGUUGACGUCCAUGCACUUUUACGGCUGGAAGAAGGGUUUGAAGACAGGUAUGUACUACUUGCGUACACAGGCCGCUGCUCGUGCCAUCCAAUUCACUGUUGAUCAGCAAUUGGCCAAGGAAGCAGGCAAGCUUAAGGCUGAAGUCGAUAAUGUGGUUAUGAAGAAGUACAUACCAAGGAAAACCAGAAUUACAGAGAGUGCAUCCGACGAUUCUUCACUUUCGGACUCUCCUCUAUCUACCACUGGUUUUGAGUCAUCGACAACUUCAUUUGAAAGUUCGUUUGCUGAUCUUUCAGUGAAGGAUGCCAAGAAGCCAACUGAAUCCAUUCCUGAAGCUCCCCUUGAAGAGGUUCAUGAAAGCACACCAGCUGAGGAGACCGAGAAGAUAGAUGCCACUGAGGAGAAGUCCGCUACCGGCAAUACGAAAAAGCCAAAGAAAGGAGAUGAGGAUUUUGAUAUAUACAACUCCAAGGUUAUCGCUUGCGCUAUAAACAAUCCAGAGGCUUGUGAGAUGUGCUCCGGUUGA